UCAUCAGACCCGGAGGCAGCAGCUGCAUCUUCUUCUCCUGCUCCUCUUCCCAACUGGGCAGCCGGCCACCGACCAGCCGACCCGCGGGGCGUCAUACCCGGCUCGGAAACGUGCAACAUGCCCGCAGAGCGGCUCCAGCCGGGCCCGGUGUCGGUUUUUCUACUUCUGAGGGGAUUUACGCGGACGAACGGACGGAGACUCCCGGUGGAUCCGAAGCGCAGAGAGCUGUAAAUUGGAGUAGGGGAAACUGGAAAACUUCAAAUCCGGAGCAGAUUUUGGUAUUUUGAUGAACAUGGUGUCGUGGAGGGGAUCACCCCGGGCAUCUGCUGCUGCUACCGGCUGCCGCUGCGCACCGUGACGCGCCCGGGAGCGCGGCGAGGACCCCGGCAGCUUCACCCGGAGAGUCCGGGGAGGGAAAACCAAAACAAAUUAUCACUCCUGCUUAAAAAAAAAUCUACUCCACUGUGGAGUUGGCUCGUGCGUGGUUUUAUAUCCGAGAGAUGUCACCCGUCUCUGGUCUCCGUCCUCUGGGUCGGACCGGGAUGGAUGUGGCGCAGUGAGGAGGCACCAGCCUGCGGAUAAUCAUAGUUUUGGACUUUCUGGUUCCCCGUGCGGCUCGCGGCUCUCCCUCAUGCAGCUCCUCCGGCUGGCCUGGGCUCUGACUGCCUCUGCGGUCUGCUUCCUGCUGCUCCUGAUCCUCCACAACCAGGUCCUGAGAGAAGGUCAGCUGGCGGCGGGGACCUGCGAGAUCGUCAAUCUGGACCGAGACAGCAGCCAGCCGAGGAGGACCAUCGCCCGACAGACGGCCCGCUGCGCCUGCAGGAAGGGACAGAUCGCCGGGACGGCACGAGCCCGACCGGCCUGCGUCGACGUUCGUAUCGUGUGGACCCGACAGUGGUGCGAGAUGUCGCCGUGUCUGGACGACGAAGGUUGCGAUCUCCUGGUCAAUCAGUCGGGCUGGACCUGCACGCAACCGGGAGGCCGAGUCAAGACCACCACGGUGAGAAUGCGUGACGAUCUCCUGUAUACAUCACAUCACAUUGAGAAAGUAAUGCUACCAUUUCAGACCUUGACGUCGCCUGUUUAUGUGGCAGUACAUCAUGAGAUGGAACCUAUUUUGGUUUGAAUAUUCAAGCAAUAGUUGACGAUAGGUCGAUUAUAUCACAGCCAUGUUUUUUCAUCACAGGGUAGCGUCUCUUUGGUUUCAUUAAUUGACCAUAUCCAUCAUUUGUUUGUUGCCAUCUAUUAUGCAACCAGUGAGAAAAUGUCCAGCGUCAGUCGGAUGACCAUGAUAUCAGGUUGUUAUCAAAGGUUUGUCUCUAUUUGAGAGGUGGAGGUGUGUCGCUCGGCGCGGUGAGGACGAUGUUGCUCCUCUUUCUCCAGUCUCUGAGUUUUGGUUGCCAACAGUUCUGAAGAGGAGUUUCACACUUGUGGCCACUUACGGUCAAAGUGUCUCUGGUGUCGAGAUCAGAUGUGGUUUCUGAACGGUGGUGCUGGAGGCAGCGGUUUGCGUGUUUCUGCUGCCAUCGUGCUUGUUUACACGUCUUGGUCAACUUUGUCAAACACACAUCUUUUACUAUCGUAUUCUCAGGCGCGUAGUGAUACUAAAAGGGCAAAAGUAAUUUGCAGUAGUAUGUGGGGAUUAUAUAACGGCUGUGGACCAAUCAGAUCGCUCGAUUUGAGCGACCCAUUUUAUAACAGCCCCUUAAAAAUACUGUUUAUUAAAAUGUAAAAUAACUCAUACUUUCAGUCGAUCCCCCUUAGUGUGAGUGAAUAAACAGAUUGCUAGGAAAAGAAGGAAAAUGGAAGCUCUCUUUACAGUCCACUAAAAAUAAAGCAAGCAGGCAAAGAAGCUGCGACUCUCUUCAUCUCUCUCCACUUUGUUUCAGUGCCAAGCAGCAGCUACACAACUAAAAGCGCUGUGCAGUAUUCUUUACAACAGCUAAGCGAUAUGUGUGUCGGACAACUUUUUAGUUGUUUUUGCUAUUGUUCUGUAGAUAAAUAAAGCGUGGCAGAGGGGGAUCUAUGAGAAAAAAGUACUUCUACCCCGGGCUGUUCUUUGUAUAUCUCACUAAAUCAGUUUGUGUGUAGUCCACAUCACCCCGGACCAGGAAGUAAGACCUCAAAAACCCAGACGGGGCGUUGAGGUUGAUGAGUCAAAUGAAAACUGGUAUUUCACUCAGGACACUGUUCGUGAUGCGUGUGAAGCAAAAAGACAAUGUUGAUUUAUUUGUCACUUAACUUCAGGAAUUAGUUUAACACCAUUUAUUUUAACCCACAAACGUGAUCUUUUCCUGAACCUAACCAAGUAGUUUCCUGU